CUUCAUAAUUUUUGAUCACAUCCAUGAAUGUUGCUGUCCUUGAGAAGAAAUGGACCUCCUCAGGAUCACACUGCGUCUGAAAUUCCCAAUCAAUUUCUACUCCACCAAACCUCACAAACCCCAGUUCAUCAUCACCGACUACCUUAUCAACUCUCUCGGCCUCUCGCCUGAGCGGGCCGCGCGCGCCGCACCGCGUCUCGCCCAUCUGCGCGACGCCAGCCGCCCCGACUCUGUGCGGCAUUUCCUCGAACACCUUGGGCUCACCCACUCCCACAUCCAAACUCUCGUCUCCUGGCGCCCUACUUUGCUCUCCGUCGACCUCUCCUCCACUCUCCGCCCCAACGCUGACGCUCUCCACUCCCAUGGCUUCUCCGGCCCCUUGCUUCUCCACCUCGUCCGGACCAACCCUUUUGUUCUCACCUCUCACGCUGUGCUCCCCCGGCUUCACUUCUGGAAGGACUUCUUUCGCGAUGACCGAGCUAGCCUCGUCAAGGCCUUUCGUCGCAAUCGCUAUCUGGUGCAGUACUCUAUUGCUGAUAAGAUUUUGCCAAACAUCGAGCUUUUGCGCCGGUAUGGCUUCUCCGAUCGGGAUAUUGGUAUUGUUGUGAUGAGGAUCAAUGGGUUUAUCACGAGAAGUCCGGAGGCAAUUAAGGAGCUGAUUGAGCGGACGAUGCAGCUGGGGUUCACUUGUGGAUCACGGAUGUUCUUGCAGGGGCUCUCUGUUGUUGCCAUGCGGAGGGGUGAAGCUCUGGAGAAGAAGAUGGAGUUCUUUAGGAAGCUUGGUUGGUCUGAGGAUGAAGCUAAAUCAGCAUUCAGGAAGAACCCUAAGGUGUUAUCACUUAGGGCUGAGAAUAUUCAAUCAAAAUUGGAUUUUUUGAUGGGUGUUGUUGGAUUGGAUCUUUCUUCCAUUGCUGCAGUGCCGUUGCUGCUCACUUACAGUCUGGAGAAGAGGCUAAUGCCACGGUUUCGUGUUCUUGAUAUACUGAAUUCGAAGGGAUUGUUGAAGAAAGAAUGUAAGCUUAACACUGCCAUGUCCCUUUCUGAUGAAGAAUUUGAAAAGAAAUUUGUGUUGCCAUUUGAGGAUUUGGUGCCCCAACUGGUGAUGACAAGACAAUGAUGGUAUGCAAUUCAGGGGAAUUUGUUUAGAUAGAGCAUUUGCAAGGACUGAAUUCUUCAAGUCCAGGAAGAGGAUGAUCCCUGGUUUUCUGGCAUUUCAUUGUUAACUCAAGGAGGUGGAUGAAUCUACACUAUUCAGAGUGCCGUGUGGGAAGGCAUCGGCAAGGUAAUGGAUGGCAUUAGCCACUACUGCAGCCUGCAAACUCGAGCUAAUACUCUUUCAUAUGCAUUGGCCAAGCAUUGAGAAGGUUGGAAGGCCAACAUUGUAGCUUCAAUAAGUAAUGCGAGUAUUUUGGUGUUGACAUCAUUUUUUUGCUAUGAUGCAUGUUUGCUUUCAGAUAUUUUGUUUGUAUGUAUUUGGUGUGUGUCAUUUUGGUCUUGAUCUUUUGUUGUUAUUGUUAUUCAGGGUUUCUUGCUCAUGUUGUGGCUCUUGCUACAGAUUGUACUUAAGAUUUUUAUUUUCAUGUUGGCUUUGUUUGUGGGGAUUUGCUUUUGUU